AGGCAAUGCCGAACAGUCCAUUUAGCCCAUUCGGCUGCCGUUAGGGUUUCCGAGAAGAGGCGGCGGCGGCGUCGGCGCUAGAGCACGCCCGCUUCCUGCCCGCGCCACGUUCGCUCGGUGGACUCGGACUCGGACUUGGUCGCCGGCGGACCCGGCAGUUCCUCUCCUUAUUAAAAGCGGAGCUCUCCUCCUCUCUCUACCCAAUCCGCAACUCACCUUCCCCGUCUCCACUUCUCGUUGUCCAGCUCGAUUCCGUGGCGGUUCACCUCGUCUCCAACUCCGACUGGCGCCAGCGCGUUCCUCUGCUCGUUCCGCCGCCGGGACACCUCGGGCGGCCGCCCAACCUCGCCUCAGUGGUGGAUCCGACCCUGACUGGUUGGUUUCAAGAAAAAUGAUUAAUCUUUUUAAGAUUAAGGGCCAGAAGAAGGAUGAUGCAGCAAAUGCAAAUGGAAAGCCUGCUGCCAAGAAGCAAAGUCCAGGGGAAUUGCGUGUCCAUAAAGAUAUUGCUGAACUUAACCUUCCCAAGACCACCAAAGUUUCUUUUCCAAAUGGCAAGGAUGAUCUGAUGAACUUUGAGGUCACUCUUCGGCCUGAUGAAGGAUACUAUGUGGGUGGUAAAUUUGUUUUUACCUUCCAAGUUCCUCCGGCUUACCCUCAUGAACCUCCCAAAGUCAAGUGCAAGACUAAGGUUUACCAUCCCAAUAUUGACUUGGAGGGGAAUGUCUGCCUUAAUAUUCUGCGUGAAGAUUGGAAGCCUGUCCUGAAUAUCAACACCAUUGUGUAUGGCUUGAAUCUUCUUUUUUCGCAACCUAAUGAUGAGGACCCCCUAAACCAUGAGGCAGCAGCUGUUCUUCGUGACGACCCGAAAAAGUUUGAGAAAAAUGUUCAGAGGGCGAUGGCUGGUGGUUAUGUCGGUGAAACCCACUUCCCUAGGUGUAUGUAAGGCCUGAAGAUGGUGAUCGGUGUCUGACUUGUGGCAACUCUUGCUGACCAUAGCAAUGUGCUAUGGGGAACAUAAGACGCCAAGAAAGGGCUAAAUUCAAGUAUUCGGGUCAUGUAAUAUAAGUUGAUGUUACAUAGUCACUGAACUUACAAUCAGGAGGCUCUGCAUUGUGCUGUCGUGACAAAUUUCAUCUUCUGGCCGUUGCAGGGUUCA